AUGAGCGAAAACAACAAACAACUCGCUUUCCAGAUCCUGUCCAACUUCCUCUCCAAAAUCACAGAUACGAUGAUUUGCGUCGGUGCUCUUACCUUUGUCCUGAUUGUUUUUAUCCGCGGAUCAUUUGCCAGUCGAGACUCAACCAAGCAACUGAAGCAACUUGAGGACAAACUCACCGAGCAAAUCAAACAACACAAGGAGCAGAUGGACCAACAGCGGGCACUCCUCGAUCGACUUGAGAAGACAUUGGCUCAGGAGCGGCAGGACCACCGGUUGGCACUACUCGAGCUUGUUCAUCGACUGCUCCCCCAAACCAAACAUCUUGCUGGUCAAGGCCAACAGACCUUAUAAACAUUUCACUUUCUUGAUUGCUCUUCCUUGCCCCUCCGAUCUUUCCUCUUUUUCUUGUGUAUAUCUCAGCUACUUCAUCUAUUAAUCAUCUCGUCGUUCUCCAGCUACUCCAUCUAUUAAUCAUCGUCGCUAUUGAAGAUACAUCAUAUAACCUCUCUGACGAAUUGUAUGUGCGCAAUGCCACAAACAAAAACGCACGUUAACAGAAAUACUAAUUGUAAGCACGGA